UGCGGCUGCCAUUACUGCGAGCCGCCUCGGCGGAUCAAAGCGACCGUUGAUUGGUCGGGUCCGACAGAGAGCGGCGGUGCGCGAUUGCCCGUUCUCGCAGCGCCAGUCAGUGUUUAGGCAAGGAACGCCGCUGAGGGUAGUUGCACGUGCUUCGUGCCUUGUUGUUUGUGUUCCGUCGACGUCCCAUCACGACAUCAGCGAGCUGUCAGUGCGAACGCCGGCCGCCGGGUUGACAACACCACCACCGUCCGUCCGUCUUUGUAAACCGUGCUCGUCUCAGUGAUUCUCCUCUCUUCGUCGAGUCCGCUCUUUAUUUUCAUUUUUUUUCUCUCAUUGCGAAUACGCGCGAAUGACACGAUGUCGGUGUUGCUGUGCAUGGGAAGCGUUUGUUUUUGCCGAUAGUGCUAUGUGGAAAUAAGCAGGCUGGAAUGCCGCUGUGUCGCGUUUGUGAGUAAACCAUGCCACACGUCUCGUCUAGUGGCGGAGAUGAUCUCGGCAGCACCGAUGAGGUUAAGGUGUUCAAGGACGAGGGUGACGGGGAGGACGAAAAGAGGUCCUCUGAAAACCUCACCGAGGAGAAGAGCAGCCUUAUCGACCUCACUGAAUCUGAGGAAAAAUCCGGCAGCAAUUACAGCAAUUCCCACAAAAAUGCUCAACGACCAGAUCACAGUCCAGUCUUCGGCAAGGUUGAACCAUCCGCCCACACAUCUUCAUUCAACAUGGGAUACAUCGUCGGGCCAUACGGAUACGCCAAUGGAGCGGCUGGACCCAUCCCCGUAUCAAUGGCCAGCAAGAUGGGACUGCCGCCGGGAGCAGGUCACAUGCCGUUCUUCUGUCACAACGGAGACCCGCUCGGGCAGCCGCCGCCCGCCCACAUGGGCAUCCCGCCGUACCAGCUGGACGGCGGCAAGGGCGCGCCCGCGAUGGGACUUACUCGACCACCCAUGUACCCCUUCUCUGCCAGCCAGUACCCCUACCCUAUGCUCAGUCCAGACAUGUCUCAGGUGGCCUCAUGGCAUACUCCAAGCAUGUAUCCGCUGUCGCCGGGUGCCGGGUUCCGAAGUCCCUACCCCAGCACGUUACCGAUCUCGACGAGCAGCCUGCCGAGCGACUUCUACAGGUUCUCACCCACCGGGUUGAUACCGUCGCACCCCGGUCUGUCACCGCACCCGCCUCACUUAUCGUCUCAUCCCGCAAUCGUAACGCCAGGACCUAAACAAGAACUACCAGACCUAAACCACAGGUUACCGUUGAAUCUGACGCUGAAAAAAAUGCCUAUUGCCAUUGUCGCGCCGUUCACGGUCGUCGACCAAAAUCACAACAUUAAAAUUAAUAACGAGCUCAAAAUGAAGGAGGACGAUUUGAACAAGUGCGACGAGGACCUGCCCGAGGACCUGUCGACGAGGAACAAGACCGACGAAGGUCUGGAUCUCAGCACCAAACAGAAAGAGGUGAUCAACGAGAAAAUCUACGACAACGAGCAGCUGAGGAAGUAUUUGUGUAAAGAUGAGGAGAGAAACAACUCGUACAAUAAGAACACAUACAACGGCGACAAUCCCAUAAUAAACGAUUACAAUAAGCUACGCGAUUUCUAUUACGAAAUCGCCUCGAACAACAAGAACGCAGGUGUCGAUAACAUUUACUCGUUCCUGAACAAUUUGUGCGACAAUAAGUUUUUGUCCGCCUGGUACAUGAACGCAUUGCUGACGCAACAGAAUCCGUAUCUGAACUAUGGACCAGCGCACCAAACUCAAUGCUCAUUGCCGGGCUUCGACUGCAAGACCAACACGAACCCGAACAGAAAUCGGAUCCUGAACAAUUUGCUGGAUAAAAAACCGUACAGCACAUACAAAUUCCCAUCGGGAUUCGAUGCGCUCAUCAAAAACGAGAUGAGAAUCGACAAGGCCGACGCUGCGGCCGGCGACUAUCGCAAGCAGCAGAACGGGUCACAAGUAGAUCAUAAGAACAAUCUAGAUGGGAAGAACAAUCAGGAUAGUAACGAGAAGAAAAAGCCCCAUAUCAAGAAACCCCUGAACGCUUUCAUGUUGUAUAUGAAGGAGAUGAGAGCUAAAGUAGUAGCCGAAUGUACAUUAAAAGAGAGUGCCGCUAUCAAUCAGAUUCUGGGACGACGGUGGCACGCGCUAGGCCGUGAGGAACAGGCCAAGUACUAUGAGCUGGCGCGUCGCGAGAGACAGCUGCACAUGCAGCUCUACCCCGACUGGUCAUCCCGAUCUAACGCCACUCGUGGCAAGAAGAGGAAACGCAAGCAAGAUCCUGCCGAUGGAGGUAACAGUAUGAAGAAGUGUAGAGCAAGAUAUGGUCUAGACCAACAGAACCAAUGGUGUAAGCCUUGCAGGUAUUCCCGAGAACAGCUCCCACGGAGGCGGCAGUUCAGCAGUCCACGGAAGCAUUCUUCACGGUGGCGGCGGGGCGGCCACCGCUCAAUCGCCUCAGGAACCGACUUAUGUGAAUCUAUAGCAAUCAGUUGACGCAAAAAGAAAUGUAUACGAUACAUGGAAGCAGGUGAGGGAAAUGAUGGAAACCAAUCCGAUGACAAUCUAGGCAGUUGCGGAAGCACGGGGGACGCUCACACUCCACCGGAAGACGACACCGAAAGCUUGAAUCAAUCUAUGUCAAGUCCGGGCGGACUGUCGGCUCUAAGUAGCCUCACCAGUCCCGGUGGCAUGGUGAUGCCGAGUCCAUCUACCAGCGUCGCCAGUCCUUCGGUCAGCGUGGCCAGUCCCUACAUGUUGCAAAGCCCGUUGACGCCCCACGAACCGUUCGACGUUAAACUGCCGCCCCCAUCGCAUCCCCACCACCAACCGCCCCGCAAUCCCGUGGGGACGAAUCCCCACGACAUAAACAAUCCCCUAAGUGUAAACCAGUUGACAGGUCAGUGCGUGAGAAACGAUGCCGCCGAUACGAACGGCAACAAAGAGACGCGUUCCAUCAUUAGUGUUACGUAGCCUUCGAUGGGCUUCAAUGGAUGGCUACCACCUGUGAUGUUUUCUAUCGCCCGUUUCGUAUCGCUCACGUGGGCACAGACUUUUUUCGUGCAAACGAGCUUCGCUGGAAAGACUGCAUUUAAAAUAGGGCUCGGCACACGACGAUCUCAAUGGACUUCUAUAGUGCUGUGCUCAAUUAAGAGAUUUUUUUACUAUGUAACAUAAAUGUCAUUUGCCAAAAUCACCUCUAUAUAAAUAUAAAUAUUAUAUAUUAUUAAAAAUAUUCGGUUUAUAUUUUUUGUAGUUAUUUAUCUAAUUUGGAUGAUGUAGCAAUAUACAACGGUACUUAAAAGCGACCAAUUUAUUGAUUGAUUGAAUCAACACUGUUAAUAUGUGUAUUUUGCUGUUAGAAAAUACAAUGUACCAUACAAUACUAAUAUACGAGAUUUCAAAGAUUCUGGCAAACUUUUUAAUAAACAUUUGUAUAAAUUGUCUCCUGAAUCUGUUGAAAAGUAGUUAUAUAAGUAACUAAUGUAUGUGUACUGUUUGUUGUUAAAAUUUCUAUUUUACUUUUACAUAGAUAUUGUGUUUGAUAGAUUUUCACAGUUUUGUUCUUUGUUACACUUUACCAGUCUUCCAUUAUCAAUUAGUUUCUAACAGCAAAAUUAUAUUAGGGAAAUGUUUGCUAUUUUAAUUAAAUUAUAUUUUACAGUAAUUAAGUUAAUGAACAUUUGCCUAAACUAUAUCGAUGUAAUGAUCUGCGCUACUGCAUCCAAAUAGUUUUUUAUAGUUUAAUGUUCCUUGUGCCAGAGACUUGUAAUGCUCAUUUUAUGGUUAACAACUUUUUACCUUGUUACUUUAUUAAUUUUGUUUUAAUCCCAAAAAAUGAAAUUGAAACAACAUAGCAAUCCUCAAUUUACAAACGGUGCAUCAUAUUUUUUUAUCAGUGAAAUUUUAUUUUUUUAUUUUUUUGUAACAAUCGAAUUUUAUUUUUAGAGGUGUUAUUUUACCUGUAAGGCAUUGGUAAAAUAAUAUUGAUGCCAGGUUCAUAUGUAUAUUAUUACAAAUGUGUAAUUACUUUGUACAUAAAAUGUUAUAUACAGAUUUUUAAAAUUGUAAAAUUUAUUUAAAGACAUUUUUUUACUUUUUAUUUGUUAGAAAUUAUGAAAAGCCAUGGUUUUUGCCAUUUUUUGCAAUACCUUUUUAUUUUUCUAAUUGUGCAAGAUGCUGGGCAGGUUUGUUAAGUCAUGUAUAUAUGUAGUCUAUUGAAGAUGAUGAAUUACAACAAGAACUUUUAUUUAUGCAAUAUUUUGGCCCUUUUAAAAUUUUAUUAUUUGUUUCUUUACAUGUUUAUAAAUUUGUUUUUUAAUGUGUAAUAAGUUUAUUUUAAUCAGUUUAUUUAAUAACAAAAUAUUGUAAUAAAUUCUGGGACAAAGGCAAAGAUCGUGUUCAGUUAUUGACGUUUCUUUUAUAAAAAUGCGAGACAUGUGAUAUUUUAUACUAUUUAAUAAUAAAUAUUGCGUUUGGCUUCCCUCAGGACUAUGCAUUUACUUUUAUAAUUUUAAAAUCGUUUGAGACAUGUUUCUGUACCACUAAAGUAAUGACAAUUAUGUAUUUAUAAAUAAAUGCACAUAUUUAAUUGCACAAGUUAUCAAAUGUUAAUAGCAUUAUCCUGUUAGUAAAAAUUUAAAUUUAUAAUACUUUCAUAAAAUAUAGUUUUCAUUGUUUUAAAAAAAUUUAUAUUAAAAACCAUAUUAUAAAAUUACUAUACAUUUUUGUAUAAUGAAAUUGGUCCCAUAAAUAUGGUUUUUAUUAUUUUUAAACAAAUUUCAAAAACUAAUAUAUUUGUGUAAAUAUAUUUGACAAUAAAUAAAAUAACGAAUUGUUUUUCUUUUGAACUUGGAUAGUCUGUAACUAUUAUUCCAGAUAUAAAAUAACAUUUUUCAAUAGAGAAACAUUUUUCAAAUGAUUAAGUAUCGAACAAAUUUGAAAUGAUUUGGUUAAUACAUUUCAGUUGGACGAAAGUGCCCUGUUUUAAGAGAUUAGACGUGCCAUAAUAUUCCUCAAGGGUGCCAAAUACAUUGAAAUGUACUAAUUGAAUUUUAUUAUGACUGCUUAGGUUAAACCAAUAUUUUUUAAGUUUUUUUUUGGAUAAGUGCAAUGUAAAUGUCUAAACAAUAGUUGAAAAGAAAACUUGAAACUGGUACACCUUCAUUUGUUAAAGAGAAAACACAAUCAACGUAAUCAGACUGCUCACUAAAUUAUUUUUAGGAAGAUAUUCAUAAUGAUCCUCAUUUAGAUGCCAUUAAUAAAUAUUUAUAAUUUCUGUUGAUUGUGUAGUUCUUGAUUUGAUUUUUUUCGUACAUUUCAAGUUGAGGCAUUGUGAAUGCUCUCCAAUUGAUGUACCAUUAUAGAAUAAAUGAAUAUACAUAUAUAAAUAAAAUUAGAAAAUAAUUAUUAGAUGUUAAUGUCUUUGUAAGUAGCAUCUGUUCGUAACACCGUAUAGGUUAGGAUCAUUCAAUACAAAACCUUCAAGAUA